AUGUCACCGACGCUCGCGGCCCUGGUAAUCGGCACCGCGGCGCACGGGCCAUCCGUUCAUGUCUGCAUCGCGCAAGGCCCGCCCUCUCACGUGCUGCGUAGCGCGGCUGCGGCACGUGCGGCUGCGGCACCGCUGAUGGGCCUGCUGGACGGCGCCAGGUCGGUCGCGGACGGUGCCAAGUCGAUUGCGGACGGCGUCAAGGCGGCGUACGAGGACGAUUCGUUUGUCCCGGAAGGCUUCGUGCGCGCGCGUCACAUCCUCUUCCUCGCGAGCGAAGGCGACUGCGAGGCAAAGGCGGCGGCGCUCACCGCUCGUAUCGAGCGCGGCGAGAUCGACUUCGACGAUGCGGCGCUGCGCUUCUCUGCGUGCCCGACGCGCGACCUGCACGGGGCGCUCGGGACCUUUGCGUCACUGAGCCGGCUGCGCGAAGGCACUCUGAGCGGCGACUCCAUGCCGUACGACGGCAAGGACACGGCCGCCUUUGACAGGCUCGUCCAGACCGCCGAGGUGGGGCGGCUCUGCACCGUGGCGAGCCAGUGGGGGACGCACAUCGUGCUGGUCGAGGCGCGCGGGGGAGAGGGCGGCGGCGAGGGCGGCGGCGGCGAGGGUGAAGCGCAGAAAGUCGAAGCUUCAGCCUCCACAGGCACCGGGUUUGGCGGUUCUGCUGCUGUGACGAGCCGCGCUGGUAAGGCCAAGGGGAGGAGAGGAGGCAGUCGGCGUAGGUGA